UUGAAUUGUAAGCUGACUGCUAGCUUUGUGGUUGUUUACGUUGUUAAACAAAAUCUAGAGGAUCAUGAACCAUUGUCUCCAGCCUUUGGUGGACCGUUUCCAGAUUCUUCCAUAGUUGCAGUUGACACAAAUCUUGAUACAUCCACUCCUGACACUUAUCGAGCACCGCCUACACCUUUGCCUUACGAUGUUGGCUUGACAAUUGCAGAAAACCCCGAUUUGGAGAAGUCAGACAUUAAGAGCAAAACUGAUGAGCAGCAGGAAUCUUUGAAGAUGGAUGAGUACGAGUCAUGCAAAAAAGGUGCCUCUGAAGAUAAGCCUGAUGAGGAGGAUGUUUGCCCUAUCUGUCUUGAAGGUUUUAUUUAUCUGGACCAUGGGACUCUUUACACUGACAUGAUUAGAACUGAAUACUGCGUAUUUGUUGAACACUAUCUUUACUUGUUUGGUUGUGAAACUUGUGGAACUGAAUGCAUAUGCUUCCGCUGCUCUUACUGUAGCCCUGCCGCUUUCUUGUUAUCAGGCUAACAGUUUUUUGGGUGUUAAGUGCUUCUUUUAGUUGAAAUAUAAUUAUUCUGCAGUCAGUUGGAUGAGACAUGAAGCACAACUGCAUUUCUGAAUUAAUGGUGGAGGGAGGAUACAUUACCUAGAAUCUGCUGGUUAAACAAUUUGUGUGCAUCCUUAAUCCUUUAUUCAUGUGCAUGGAUUUUCUGCUUAUGACAACAGGAGGAUUACAAAGUGCUUGAUUGCGAAAUACAUAUCUGCCCCUGGUUCUUAAGUUCAAAGUUAGAAACCCUGAAAUUUCUUCUGUUUUUAUAUUCUUCUGAAUUUAUGAUGUCCGCUGGUUCCUUUUUGGUUCAUUUAGGGUCUGUAUAUACAUAUUGUAGUACAUUAGAUAGGUGAUAGGGAAAAUUGAUUCUAGCUUAUGGUUGGUUUGGACAAUCCCACCAUAGGUGACAGUGAAAAACUGAUUCUAGUGUAUGGUUCAUUCUGUGGGAGUGGAGGUAUAAAAUCUCCUGUGUUUGUCUGGGUGUAUUUUUUAAUUGUAUUUUUUGUCUGGUUUUUGUUCAGCUUAUCUGUUGGUUCCUUGAUGAAAUAUGGGACGCAGGCGGGCAUCGUUUGGUCCGCAAGAGAUGUAUUUUAAGCCUUGUGGCUAAUGCAGCUUUCGUUGACAAGAUGAUAGAUAGAACUAUCUAUCUGGAUGUGGUUG